UGAGAGACCAGUUUGCAACUCAUACUUGGAUUGUUGGGAGCAUGAUAUCAACCAUGACGAUUGCGUCUAAUUUAGUUGGUCCGAUCACCAUCGUUCUGGACAAGUUUGGUAGCCGACGAGCGUUACUAUUUAGCUCAGCCCUGAUAAGUCUAGGUUUGCUGAUAGUUCCUCUAACGUCCAGCAUCUUGCAAAUCGCCAUCAGUUUUGCUUUACUAGUUGGGCCAGGAAUUGGCAUCACUUACGUUGUUAACAAAGCUGUGCUUGGGCGCCAUUUUAGCAGGCAUUAUACUCUGGCAAGCGGGAUCGGCCAUUCCGGUUACGCAGUCGGACUUCUUGUUCUGACACCAUUGACCCAAGUUUUCCUUGAUACCUACGGUUGGAGAGGUGCAACACUUCUUAUAGCAGGGAUUACCAUGCAUAUGAUACCAUGUGCUGCUCUCAUCAGAGAUACCACACCACAGUAUGCGCCUCCCACGGAAAAAAAUGACGACACAACAAGUGGCACUAGUGGCUCAAUUUGGUUGCGUUUUUACCAACGGGCGGAUCUUCAACUUUUGACAGACUUCAACUUCUGGAUGUUGUGCAUAAUUGUAUUGGCAGUGAACAUAACCUGCGCUUCUUGGGUGGUGUAUUACGUUCCCCAUCUUCUUGUCAAAGACUUCUUGCCCCGAGUAGCUGCUACCCUAAGCUUAGCAGCUGGUAUAGGGUACUUCUUCGGUAUGACCGUAGGGCCUUUCAUUGACAGAGGGCUUAUUAAGUGCUCUACAGCAACAGUAAUUGUCAGCGUAGCUCUGUCUUUGUCAUUUCUUGUGGAUCCUUGGGUGAGUGACGUUGUAGCCAUCGCAGUCGUUACCUUCAUUUAUGGUCUUACUUCGUCGGCCAUGUUCAUACUCUCUGACGUACUUGCAACGCAAAUUUUUGGUAUUGAUCGACUGACCAACGUGUUUGCAUGGCUGGAUGUUUUAUCUGCGCCAGUGGGAGUUACAAGCCAAGUGUUGCCAGGUUGGAUAUACGACAUCAGUGGUAGUUACGACAUAGCUUUCAUUGUAAUUGGUCUGAUUCCCAUGUUGGCCCUUUUUCCACUGAUUAUCGCUAAACUACGGCAUGGAGUCUAGGAACUACAUUCACAUGGUGAAGAGGAUCUGGCUUUGACGAUCAACAUCGGUGUGAAGGGACAGCUGAGAUGUCUUUUUUCAUCAUUAUAUUCAAAUGAUUCAUAAUAAGUAUCAUUCUAUGCCCAAAAAAUAGUCUGAGAUUCGUCUCGAUCUCAGUUUGCCUUUCUGUUCUGUCUUUAUGAUUUGUCAUAUAGCGUUUGUUCAUAAUCAUAAGCCGCCAGUUAUUUUGAAAUUCGUUUUGAAACACUCUAGACAAGUAAUGAUGUCAUAAGAUUGUGAAAAGCCAAAAUCAGUUAUAUUGAGUGGUAGUUUAAAUAAUAGUGACGUUAUAUUGUUGUUUGUUGUUGCUGUUGCAUGUUUUUGUUGUCUUUUGUUGUCUGUUUGUUGUUGCUGGUGUUGUUUCUAGCUGUUUAGAAAAUGAGGAAUUCUUUAUCAAGUCUGAGAUAUGUUAAAUUUCAUCUGGUAAAGUAUAGUAAAGAAGGAGGAAAACAGAAAGAAAAAGUGUGACGCCAAAUUAAUGUUCAUUACAUCCCAAACUAACCUUUGUUUUAAA